GCAUCAGUUUGACUGUCAGUGCUUUCUUCUCUCGCGGCACUUCAGACACAGCGGUGACAUUUCAUCAAAAUAGCGCUGAAAUCACAGAUGUUUCUCGUUAAAUGAGUGAAUAAGAAGAAUAGGAGAAUGAUGUUCCUGUUCACUGCUGCUGGAUGAUGAGAUGAAGCUCCAGUUAUUGCUGCUUGCUUCCGUGUUUGGGCUCUUUUAUUACUGCUUUCCUGUUUGUUCGGAGGCGUCUGGAGCACAAACACUGACCACAGAUAUUAACAGCCAUCAUGACAAACCCUCAAAGAAAACAAGAAACCAUGAGAUGAAUGAAGGCAGUGAAGAGAAGAGAGUCUUCAUCAGUGCUUCAGAGGAAGAGGAAGAUGUCCUGUCAGUAACAGCAGCUCAUCCUGAUGACUCUGAGAUGGUUUCCUCCUGCAGUAAUGUUAAGGUGGAUGAGAGUAAAUCCAUCAUCACUCGUGAGUCUGCGUGUGAUCAGACAGAGAAACUUCAGUAUGACCCUUCACUGAGCAGGUUUAAUGUCAAUGAGACCGAGAAGCCCAUUAAGACCAAUAAAGACCAAACUGGGAUAGGGACCAACGUCUCUCAUAUCCUGAAAAAACAGGGAGGCAACAUGAGCCCAGAAAUUGACCCCUCUCCACUUUGUAAAGAUCAAGAAAUUCCCACAUUUGAUGAAUGGACAAAAAUCAUGAUGGAGGUGGAGAAUGAAAAGAGUCAGAGUUUGCGUGUUUCUAAUGGUCUUCAUGGGAAGAAGGUUCAGCAGACCUUCACUAACUAUGCCUCUGUGGAGUGUGGGGCAAAGAUACUCUCUUCAAAUCCUGAAGCAAAGAGUACUUCAGCUAUUCUGAUGGAAAAUAUGGACAUGUACAUGCUGAAUCCCUGCAACAAUAAGAUCUGGUUCAUUAUCGAGCUGUGUCAGCCAAUUCAGGUACGGCAGCUGGACAUUGCCAACUUUGAGAUCUUCUCCUCCAACCCCAAAGAUUUCCUGGUCUCAAUCAGUGACAGAUAUCCAACCAACAGAUGGCUGAAGCUUGGAACAUUUCAUGCACGUGAUGAGCGGACAGUGCAUAGUUUUCCACUUGAUGAGCAUUUGUUUGCUAAAUACAUCAAGGUGGAGUUGCUGUCCCAUUUUGGCUCUGAACAUUUCUGUCCUCUCAGUAUGGUCAGAGUUUUUGGCACUAGCAUGAUGGAGGAGUAUGAAAUGAAUUCAUCUGACAGACCACACUCUCGAGAUGACCAGGACUAUGAUGAGUCUCCGGAUUUUGUGCCAUUAGAUGACAAAUCCACCAAAAAUCUGAUUGGAUCUGCUAAAGAUGUGCUUCUUACAAUGGUCAACAGCAUUGCUGCUAAUGUGCUCGGUGGAAAUCCAAAUAAUACUGCAGGAGAAGGAGGAAAUGAUUCCACUGAAGACUUGAAUAUGUCAGGACUAUCUUUACUUACUCAACCCAUCCACUCCACCUCAUCCGCUGUAUCAGAGACUGUGGUGGUCAGUGGACUUCUGAAUGAGACUACAGUAACAACCGGCAUUCCUGGAGAGACUGGAGCUCAUAAGAUUGAGUCCACAUUCACAGGAUUACUCUCAGAAGAUCCCACUGCUCAAACUCAUGCUAAGGAUCUUCAUAUCCACCCUGACUUACAGCAGAUCGUCACUCUGCUGCCAGAUGAUGAUGGUGAUGAUGAAUCAGAUGGAUCCUUGGAUGAAAAUCUGAAGCGAUUGAAAACAAAUCAGCUGAAGUGUCAUGUGAAUGUCUCUCUAAGCUCUUUCUCACUUCAGGAAUAUCUUCUAAAGCGCUGCUCUUCUCAAUCAAUCAAUCAGAAGAAGAAAAUGAAACCCGUCUCAUGUUCACAGGCCUCUACACUAUUACCACAAACAAAACACUUUAUUUCAACUACAACCAUGCCAUUUGCAAUACAACCCACCACAAUUGCCAAUGAACAAAUGUCUUCAGAAGUUUCGCUUACUUAUACUGAAACACCACCUGUUGCAGAAAUGUUUGAGUCGAGUCUCGAAUCGGGAUCUCUUGAACCUAGUCUGACAUCAAACUUUCUAAAACCAUCUGCUGAAUCCUUUAAAGUAACACAUCCCAUUGAACUUGAAUGCCUGUCUUUCAGCGAUUGCCUUCAAUUGAAGAUCCCUCAGGAGAGGUCCAGUGAGAAACCCCUUAAAACCAGCCUAUCACAUUUAACACUCAGCACUGCUGAGAAGAGCCGGAGCGAUCACCAGAUCACGCAGCAAUCCAACCUCAAAAUUUCAACUCGUACAGUUUCUUCAAACACUGUGGAUCCAUCACAACUGGCUUCUUCGUCUCCUCUUGUGGAUCAUCCAAUGCCUAAACCGACCAAAGAUGAGACGGUCGCAGAUGUUUUAUUGACACCUACCCAACCCAUUCUUCCUAUAGAUGGCUCACUUGGAUCACCUGAAUCAAAAAGUAAGGAUGUAUUCGAUGAUACCAUGCUGGAGACUAAAGGCAUUACUUCUGAGAUUGAUUCAGAAAUGCACAACUCCUCUGAUGUACCAAUGCAUGGCUCCAGUCAGAAAGAGUCAGUGUUUAUGAGACUUAACAAUCGCAUUAAAGUCCUGGAGAUGAACAUGUCACUGAGCGGAAGAUACUUAGAACAGCUGAGUCAAAGGUACAGGAAGCAGGUGGAUGAGAUGCAGAAGGCUUUUAACCAAACAGUCAUAAAGCUUCAGAAUACGUCAAGAAUGGCAGAGGAGCAGGACCAGAAGCAGACCGACUCUAUAGAGAUGUUACAGAUCCAGCUGGAGAACGUGACUCGACUUCUUUUCAGUUUAUCUGUCAGUGUGAGUCAGCUACAGAAAGAGGUUUCUGAAAGGCAGAGCUACAUUGUGCUGUGUCUGGUUCUGUGUGUUGUCCUUGGCUUGCUGAUUUGUUGUAACCACCAUCAGAUAUUGUGUGAUGCUCCUUUAGCCGACUCGGACACAUCUUCUUACCCUGAGAGAGAUCUGGUGGAUUGUUAUAGGGAUGUAUUUGUAAGACGAAGAGCCUCUGAUCCACUUUCACAAUCAUCAUUUCAGAUUAAAGCAGGUGCUGAAGAAAUGAACGAUCCUGAACAGUGUCUACAUUCUCCACAAAAGAAGCAACAUCAGUUGAAGUUUGAGAAGAGUUCAGAGCACCCAACAUCAUCUGUACUCAACAGCAGUCCAGCAUCAUUAGCUCAUGAGAUUUCUCAGGGUUUGAGGAUUGGUUCUGGUCCUCUUCUGGUCACCAGAGAUCUGAUGUCGGACGUGAGUUCCUCAAAGUCUAAUGAGAAUCUGUUCUGCGGUUUAUCCACCUGCGUCAGUCUCUGUGAGGCUUUGCCUGCACCUACGUGCUGGACAGAAAAGAAAAACCACGAGCAGGCCGACAUGAAAACCUCAGCAGAACGUCUGCAUCAGAUUCCACAGUGCACUGCUCCACUGCCUGGAUUAGGACCUUCAUUAAACCUACACUAAAACUGAGUUUUCAGAUCUGCCUUCACUGUUUGCUUACUUCAAGCUAUGCAGUUUACAUUUUUUUUAAUGUGCCACUGGACUUGAGACAAUCACAAAUAAAACAAUACAAUUGCUA